AUCUUUAUAUGACUGUGCUCCUAUUACAAAUGCUAUCUAUGUUCAUUUUUCCUCAGAUAAUUAUUUGUGCAUUCAUACCAUAUAUGGAAAGUCAGAGAAACAUCUCAGAAUUCAUUCUCCUGGGUCUUUCUUCUGACCAGAAAGUACAGAUAUUUUGCUUCAUCUUCUUCCUGUUUUGUUACCUUGCCAUCUUGGUGGGAAAUCUUCUGGUCUUUAUCUCCAUCCGAUGCAGUUAUCUUUUUAAUCAACCAAUGUACUAUUUUCUCAGUCACUUGUCUUCCACGGACAUCUGGUAUACCUCCUGUGUGACACCCAAAUUGAUUGGUGAUCUAGUGCAAAGAAAGUCCAUCUCCUACAGGAACUACAUGUCACAGAUCUUGGCCAUGCACUUCUUUGGAAUAACUGAAGUCUUCAUCCUCACAGUCAUGGCCUUGGAUCGCUGUGUGGCAAUCUGCAGACCUCUCCACUACAUGAUUAUCAUGAACAGAGCUAGAUGCAGCCUCCUGAUUGUGUCUGCCUGGGCUUGUGGGGCUGCCCAUUCCCUUUCCCAAUUUUCUGUGAUAACCAGGCUGCCCUUCUGCGGCCCCAAUGAAAUUGACCAUUACUAUUGUGACAUUUUUCCUUUGCUGAAAGUUGCCUGUACUAAUACCUAUGUCACUGGUGUACUCAUAGUUGCCAAUUCUGGAAUGGUUGCCUUAGUAACCUUUGUUCUCUUGGUUGGGUCUUACAUCAUCAUACUGUUCACAUUAAGAAAUCACUCAGCAGAGGGAAGACGCAAAGCCCUGUCCACCUGUGGGUCUCACAUCACUGUUGUGAUCUUAUUUUUUGGACCUUCCAUCUUUGCUUACCUGAGACCCCCUACCACUUUCCCUGAAGACAAAAUCUUUGCUCUAUUUUACACCAUCAUUGCGCCCAUGUUCAACCCCUUAAUCUACACCCUGAGAAAUUCAGAGAUGAAAAACGCUCUGAGAAAAUUUUGGUGUCAAAAGACAUUUUUAGAUGAAAGACAAAACUGA